GCGUACCGAUCCAUUAUCAGUUUUAUUUCGUUCUUCCUUGCUGAAACAACAAACCGAACUUAAAAAUCAUACAAAAUGUUCAAAUAUUUCGCACUCGUCUUUGUCGCUCUAUUCGCCUUCGCUGCCGCUGAACCUAAACCAGCUGUGGUAGCCGCUCCUUUGGCCUACUCUGCACCAUUGGUCGCCUCUCCUUACGCUGCCGCCUAUGCUGCUCCAUAUGCCGCUUAUGCCGCUGCUCCUUAUGCCGCCUACGCUUCACCCUAUGCUGCCUACGCUUCACCCUACGCCGCCUACUCCGCUUACCCAUACGCCAGUGCUGCUUAUGUGCUCCGAAAGUAGAUGGAAUGUAGUUAGAGAAGGGUGAAUUAAAAAAUACUAGGUUAAAAAAUAAAUUAAAAUGAUUAAAUAAU